AUGGUCUGCCAAAAAAUUCCUACCGGAAAUGACAUCCUUUUCUGCAUUUAUGUGGUACUAGCAAUUGUUUGUCUCCUACCCACGCCCGCCACAACGUUCCUUCCGCUAACUUUGCCCACCACCGCAACGGCAAGUGCCACUUUAGCAGCCGUUAUAGCGCCACCUAAUGAUUUGGCGGAUACGAUUAUUGCACCCGAUGCGAUGGACAAUUGCCCAAUGGGUUAUUUCCACUGCAACACAUCGGCGCAGUGUGUGCCACAACGCUUGAAUUGUGAUGAGAAGGCAGAUUGUGAUGAUGCCUCGGAUGAGUGGAAUUGCGUCAACGAUGUGGAUGCGAAGUUUUGGGAUCACUUCUUCCGCAAGCAGCCGUAUGGGCGGCAUGACGAUGUGCCAGUGGAGACGUGCUAUUGGCUGAACAACACCAAUUUCAACUGCCUUUGCCGUGGUGAGGAAAUUUUAUGUCGUUUCCAACAGCUAACGGCAAUGCCUGCCAAUUUGCCAGUCAUGGAACUGGCUAUGCUAGUCUUAAAAUUUUGCUCCAUCGAAAGUCUCGCUUCAUUUGCCUUCAAACGAUUUUCGGUGAUACCUUUGAAAACGCUUUAUUUGGAUGAAAAUAAAAUCUCGAGCUUGCCUGAAAAUUUAUUCCCUAGCGGAAAUUCGCUGAAAACAUUAAUUCUCUCGGGAAAUCACAUUGAAGAACUCCACAGCUAUGACUUUCAAUAUUUGGAUGGUUUGAUGGAAUUAGACCUUCGAAAUAAUCGAAUUGAAAUCUUUGACGCAGAAGUAUUUGAGACGCUGCAGAGCCUUGAAGUGCUCUACCUCAACGAGAAUCACAUUCAUCAUAUACAUCCGGGCAUGUUUCCGUUACUCACCAAGCUACACACUUUAUCACUGGCGCACAAUCGUAUCGAGAACAUCGAACGGAAUUCGUUUACAUUCCCGCGGUUGUUGCAUUUAUUCUUAGCCGGUAAUCGCCUGUCUGUGUUGCGAGCGCAUACAUUUUGCCCUCUACGUCUGCUGCAGGGACUCCACCUGAACGACAACCACUUGGCGCACUGCGAGUUGCACGCCUUCGAUUGCUUGCAGAAUCUCACAUCGCUACUGCUGACGGGCAAUGAAUUCAAGACAUUGGAUCCGCGUGUCUUGCAGAAUCUAACAAAUUUGAAUUAUAUCUAUUUCUCGUGGUUUCACUUGUGUCGUGCCGCUCUGCAUGUGCGUGUCUGUGAACCUCAUGGCGACGGCAUUAGUAGCACUUAUCAUUUGUUGGAUAAUCAAAUAUUGCGGGCAAGUGUUUGGGUAAUGGCCUUUGUCGCCACCGUUGGCAAUCUGCUCGUGCUGCUAGGCCGCUAUUUCUACAAAUCCCGCAGCAAUGUCGAACAUUCGUUGUAUCUACGGCACUUGGCCGCCAGUGACUUCCUUAUGGGCGUCUACUUAACAGUAAUUGCUUGUGCAGAUAUCAAGUUUCGUGGCAAAUACAUAAUCUACGAUGAGUUAUGGCGACAGAGCUUGUGGUGUGAUUUCUCGGGCUUUCUGAGCACAUUCAGCUGUCAAUCAUCGACUUUGCUGCUGACGCUAGUCACUUGGGAUCGCCUGAUGUCGGUGACGCGUCCACUAAAGCCCCGCGACAGCGGCAAAACGCGAAUUGUUUUUCGUCUCGUUCUUCUUUGGGGCAUGUCCUUUGUGCUGGCCGCCUUACCAUUUCUACCCAUUCAAUAUUUCGGUGGACACUUCUAUGGCACUAACGGUGUUUGCCUUUCGCUGCAUAUACACGAUCCCUUUACCAAGGGCUGGGAGUAUUCAGCGCUACUUUUCAUACUCAUCAACACAAUUUCAUUGAUUUUCAUAUCGAAUUCUUAUAUUCGCAUGCUGCAGGCGAUACGCGACUCAGGUGGCGGUAUGCGGAGCACGCUGAGUGGACGCGAGAAUGUUGUCGCGACGCGUUUCGCCAUUAUUGUAACGACAGACUGCGCCUGUUGGCUACCUAUAAUUAUCGUCAAAGUGGCAGCGCUUUCAGGUUGUGCAAUUUCUCCCUCUCUCUACGCUUGGCUGGCUGUGCUCGUGCUGCCUGUGAAUUCCGCCUUGAAUCCGGUGCUGUACACACUCACCACAGCCGCCUUCAAGCAACAGCUGCUGCGCUAUUGCCAAGCAGUGCCCACCACCUGCUCGCUAAUGACCGAUCCGCGCUCGCAGACGCAAACUGCAUUCGAUUCGAAUCUGAGCAUGAGCUUGGGCCACUUCGGCAGCAUACGCACCCAAAGCCAUAAUCACAGUCACAAUUCUAAUCGCUCGUCCGGCAGGAAGCGGUCGCAGAAUAGACGCUUGAGUUAUGUUUGAUGCGUGCGCGGCAGAGGGGGUGAGGGGGGAGUGGUUGGAGUCAAGGAAAGCGGCUGUUCGUCCACCGAGCAAACGGUGUGGAGUGGCAAAGAAACAGUAAUGUGAAGGAAGUGUAUGCCUAUGUAUGCGUGUAUGUAUGUGCGCUAGAGGAGUUGGAGGCUGACACUUUUUUUAUUUUUUUUUAUGUAGUUUUAGUAGAAAAAUUUUAAAAAGUAAGUGCGAAAU